UUUUCUCCAGAGAUGCAGCCUGACACGCUGAGUUAUACCAGCAUCUGCAGCUCCUCCCGACACAUGUUCCCAGAUUGUUGGGCAGAGCCUGUAUUUGGGGACCUGGGACGCUGCUUUAAUCAACCCUGGAUUCCUGGGGCACCCUUUUGGUAAAUACAGAAUCGCCUUGGACAGAGCGGUGGAGUUUCCCCCGCCGCCCGCUCUGGAGGAUGUGGAGCUGUUGCACCGAGAACCAAAUAUACUAGCUCCUCUAUAAUCUUUGCCGAGAACGAGCAGCAAGCAAGGGGCCGGACCGGGCCGGAGUUUGGUGCCGCAGUUUGCCGGCGGGCCGCUGUGCGGGGUGAGCGGCGGCCGGGGCCUGGGCCUGGUGGCGGAUGAGCAACUCUCUGCGCCGGGUGGCGUGUGCCGUGUCGGGCGGCGUGGACAGCGCCGUGGCAGCGCUGCUGCUCCGCCGGAGAGGUUACCAAGUGAUGGGUGUCUUUAUGAAAAACUGGGACAUGCUGGAUGAACGCGGUAUCUGUACAAGUGAUCAGGACUGCAGAGAUGCACACCAGCUCUGUGAGAUGCUUGACAUCCCUUUCUAUCAGGUUUCCUUUGUGAAAGAGUAUUGGCAUGAAGUCUUCAGUAACCUAGUAAAGGAGUAUGAAAUGGGAAGGACUCCGAACCCUGAUAUAAUGUGUAAUAAAAAUAUCAAAUUCAAAUGUCUGUUGCAUUUUGCCAUGGAAAUGUUGGGGGCUGAUGCAAUGGCAACCGGUCAUUAUGCCAGAACGUCACAAGGCGAUGAAGAAGUUUUCCAGCAGAAGUCCAUUGGAAAUACAGAAGAUAUUUUAUAUAACCAUGGUAAGGAUGCUGUAAAACUCUUGAAGGCUGCUGAUCCACAGAAAGACCAAACUUUCUUUCUGAGUCAGAUAUCUCAGCAUGCUUUGCGACAUACCAUCUUUCCCCUUGGAGAAUUCAGGAAAAAUAUUGUAAAGGAAAUGGCAGCAGAGGCAGGAUUUCACCAUAUAUUGAAAAGAAAAGAAAGCAUGGGAAUCUGUUUCAUUGGAGAAAGAAACUUUGAACAUUUUAUUCUUGAGUAUCUCGAACCUCGUCCUGGAAAUUUUGUUUCUAUAGAAGAUGGAAAAAUAAUGGGGACACAUAAAGGUUGGUUUCUGUUCACUUUGGGACAACGUGCCAGAAUAGGUGGUCAAAGAGAUGCUUGGUUUGUAGUUGAUAAAGAGAUCAAAACUGGCGACGUAUUUGUGGCACCAGGCACCUGUCACCCAGCUUUGUACAGGAACUCACUUGAAACUGACCCUGUCCAUUGGAUCGCUCAAAAUCCACCUGCAGACCUGCUCAGGGAUGGAGUGAUGCAGUGCAGUUUUCGCUUCCAGCAUCAAAUGCCUCUUGUGCAGUGUCAAAUAACACUAAAUGCAGAUUCUACAGUUUUGGUGACCCUUGUCAAACCAGUCAGAGCACCAACACCAGGACAGUAUGCUGUGCUGUACAAGGAUGACGAAUGCCUUGGCAGUGGCAAGAUAAUGAAACUUGGCCUGUCCAUGUACAAGGCAGGAGAGGAUAAAUUGGCAAAUUUCAGAAGACCGGUGUUACCAGAUAACGAAUCCAUGCCGUAACGUGUAGUUCAACUUGGCAAGAUGCUGUGAACCACCGGAACUAAUAGGAAUAACUGCAUGAAUCCAUCUGUAACCAGACUAGAAUCGGAGUAGACUUCAUUGUUGCAUGAAGACCAUUUCUCACUACCUCCCCUUAAACCCAAUGUUCAAAUAUACUUUAAUAUUUACCAUGGAGGUUAACCCUGGCUUUUGAGAUGUUGCUUUUCUUGUGCCUUCGGUUAAUUUUCAAAUAUUUGCUUUUGGAUCCCACAUUCCUAUUAGUUCCAAAAAUGUUGUUGGUCAUGAUUUUUCUAGUCCUUUAUGAAGCAAAUGUAUUCCUUAAUCCUUAGAACAUAUGUUUUAAUAUAUAUUAAGCUGAUCACAUUUUGUAAUUUAUUUUUACAAUGAUUGCAGUAAUUUGAACUUGUUUUUGAUUAAAAAAUUAAAAAAACUG